GCGAGGCGGCACAUGCGCCCUGGCGGCUCCCGAGGAGGGGAGGAGGCGCGGGGAGGAGCGGUGGCCGCGUUCUCCCAUUUAGCUGCGAGGGAGCGGGAGAAGCCGGGCGGCCGCCGGGGACCGCCGGAGGGGGGUGGGGGGAGCCACUGUCGCUGCGGCCGCCGCUCCCUGCUCCUCCUCCUCCGUGGAGCGCCCUCCACCCCGCCCUCUCCCCGCCCGGGACCGAGUCUGGUGGCCACAAAAUGGCGGACGGGGAGCUGAACGUGGACAGCCUCAUCACCCGGCUGCUGGAAGUACGAGGAUGUCGUCCCGGGAAGAUUGUUCAGAUGACCGAAGCAGAAGUUCGGGGUUUGUGCAUAAAAUCACGGGAAAUAUUUCUUAGCCAGCCUAUUCUUCUGGAACUAGAGGCACCUCUGAAAAUUUGUGGUGAUAUCCAUGGUCAGUAUACAGACUUGCUUCGAUUAUUUGAAUAUGGAGGAUUCCCACCAGAAGCUAAUUAUCUUUUCCUUGGAGAUUAUGUAGACAGAGGCAAACAGUCUCUGGAAACAAUUUGCCUAUUACUGGCAUAUAAAAUCAAGUACCCGGAAAACUUCUUUCUCCUAAGAGGAAAUCAUGAGUGUGCUAGCAUCAAUCGAAUCUAUGGAUUUUAUGAUGAAUGCAAGCGGAGAUUUAACAUUAAGCUGUGGAAGACCUUCACAGACUGUUUUAACUGUCUGCCUAUUGCAGCCAUUGUGGAUGAGAAGAUCUUCUGUUGUCACGGAGGACUGUCUCCAGAUCUCCAGUCAAUGGAACAGAUCCGGAGAAUUAUGAGACCUACAGAUGUUCCCGACACAGGUUUGCUCUGUGACCUGCUGUGGUCUGACCCAGACAAAGAUGUGCAAGGUUGGGGUGAAAAUGAUCGUGGGGUCUCUUUCACUUUUGGUGCUGAUGUGGUCAGUAAAUUUCUGAAUCGUCAUGAUCUGGAUUUGAUCUGUCGAGCUCAUCAGGUGGUUGAAGAUGGAUACGAGUUCUUUGCUAAACGGCAGUUGGUCACCCUUUUCUCAGCUCCAAAUUAUUGUGGAGAGUUUGACAAUGCAGGAGGCAUGAUGAGUGUGGAUGAAACUCUGAUGUGUUCCUUCCAGAUAUUGAAACCAUCUGAAAAGAAAGCCAAGUACCAGUAUGGUGGACUGAAUUCUGGGCGUCCAGUCACUCCACCUCGCACAGCUAAUCCACCGAAGAAGAGGUGAAGAAAGGAAAUAAUGUAGAAAACACCAUCAGAUCUGUCAAGGACAAAACUCCAUAUUACAGUAUAUAAUAAGUGUGCACUGUAAAACCAUCCAGCCAUUUGACACCCUUUAUGAUGUCACACGUUUAACUUAAAGAGACGGGUAAAGGAUCUUUAUUAAUUUUUUCUAGUAGAAAGAUGUGCGACACUGUAUUGUAACAAGUAUAGCUCCAAGUUCUAAUAUCCAGCAUAGAGAGGAAAAAAAAUUAGGAAAAACUAUUUCAACUACAUAUUCACAUUUACCACGGUUUUUAAAGUUGACCAACAUCCCAGUUAAAACUUGGUGUAAUAGUUAAACCAGAUGAGAGCAUGAUGUUCCAUUUGUGUAAUGUGGUCUUAUUGUUGCUUAAUUGCUUUUACUUUGGUUAUUUUGUAGCUAGAAUGAUGCGGAAUAUGGUAUCUAGUCUUAUUUCCUGGCUCUUUGAAAUUGAUACGAGGAAGGGGCUUUCUAGAACACUCAUUGAUCUCUUAUCCUCCCCCUCAUCUCCUGUUUUUUCAUUAUAAUGCCGUGUGCCCCAUUAUAAUGCAAAAUUUAUAGUACAGUAAUGAUUAAAAGGCAAACUGAGUCCCAAAUGCCCAGACUGGACAGCUUGGCAGCCAACAUAAUUAAGACAGAAAAACCUGUCCUGACCUUUAACUUAAACUGCCACACAAUGAAAUUGUGCACUACACUAUUUUAAAUUAUUGACAUUACACUGUGCGAUGGCACUUCAUUUAACUUAGAUAGGACAAAAAUGGUAUUGCCUAUUAGUUGGUAACUUGAUUUAGUGGUACCUUGGCUUUAGUUUUAUUAGCAUGAAACACCUUUGGCAUGCUUAGCUUCCAGGUAACUUCCUACCUGCAUCAGAAUUCAUCUUACAUAGUUCCACAGAACAUGAAGAUCCGUAUUUGCUAAGCCUUUGAAAGCUGACAUUCUUUUUCAGAAGAGGGUGUGUUUAAAUGGAUGUUCUUCAACAUACAAUAGGCUAGACGAUGGAUGGUGAGCUGAAAAUGCUACAGGAAUGUCCAAUUUCAUAGUAAGGCUUACAUCACUAAAUAUUCUAUCCAUUUGGAUUUUCAUGAUCAAAUUUCAUAUACAAUUGUAUAGACUUCUGCUUUGUAGUGUACUAUAGUAGCAAUAAUUUCUGUACGUGAUCAAGAGUUAUGCAGUAUUUCUUUUCAGUUCUCUCCUUUAUCAAAAGAGUUAACAUUGGCAAACAGCAAGAUAUAGAGAAGAUACAAAAUACAUAGUAGGAUAAAUGAAAGGCACAGAUUUGUGAUGCUUUAGGAUGCAAUACUUAUUGGACACAACUACAAAAGCUUUUACUGAAUACUGUCAAAUUUGUUAGAUUCUUUGGGGGAAGGCUGCAGAUUUAUACCAUUCUAAAUGUGCAUCAGUAGAUGUAAAACUCUUGACUUCAGUAUUGUCUUUGAAAAUGUUAAACUGAGGAUUCUAGUAACUUAUGUUUUAUGAACUGGCACAUUAUAUAAUGCAAGAGAUAUAUUGAUUUCUGACACAGUGAGCAAGUUCUUUAAAAUGGAUUUAAGUCUCUUUUCUAAUUCCAUUUUAUUUUAAAUGUAGGUUUUUUCAUUUAGUAAAAGUUGUCUAAUUCAUUUGAA